AUGGAAAUGUCUUCUUGGUCUUCAGAUUUUAAAGAACAAUCAAGGUUGUGCGAUGAUCUUGACUGUGAUAUGGAUUAUUUACUCUCUGGAAGGUAUGAAAGACUGGCAUCGGCCAAUACCACUGUUCAUUGUAAUUCUGUACAGUCUUCAUUUGCUUUACCAAAAUCAAAAGAUUCAUCCUUUUGCUCGCCGAAUCAGAUAUAUCCUAUAAAUUCAAUAUUCCCUUGCAGACAAGUCAUUACAUGCUCAUGUCGGUGUUGUGAUCCAUUCUCAGAUAACCUCAGUUAUAUGACAAGUAGAGGUAUAAACCAAGUACAUGAUAAAAACAUUGGCUUUCCGAGUAUUAUUAUGAAUGAUAAUGAUGUUGAUGUUGGUAAUGGCGACGACGAACAACCUAAAUUAAACCUAACUGAUCCAUUAAUGACAGAUAUUGCGGCUGGGGAAUUAGAUAACUCACCUAAUUCGUGUCAUGAAUAUGAUACAUUACUUAUGCUUCCUUCUUCGUCAUCUUCUACAUCAUCAAUUGGAUACAUCAAUAAUCAUUGUAAUUCCAUGUGUUCAAGUCCUACAGAAAUAGAUUUUUUCAAUUCAUCCGCUUCUUCAUAUGCUAAUAACUGUAGCAAUAAUAACAGUAAUAAUAAUACUAAUAGUAUUAAUAAUUGUUAUAAUACAAUAUCUCCUAUUGAAUGUUCUUCUUCAUCGUCAAAUAGUUCUUGUUGUUCAUUUAAAUCACAGCAAUGCUACAAUUGUAUAAACUCAAUUCAGGUGAAAAAUCAUUUGAAUAAUAAUAAUGAUAAUGUAUCAUCAAAAUCUCCCAAUAACUCUUCAACUACUACUAAUACUGCCAUUAGUAAUAGUGAUAGUAGAACUACCACAAUUACUAAUUCCUUUGAUACUAUUGCUACAGAUAGUACUGUUAUUGUUUCUACUUCUAAUCCAUUUGCGAAAUUGUUUAAAAGUUCAAAUAGUUCACUUAUUUAUCAUCAAACUCAACCACGUAUUUCAUCAUUAUCAAUGAAAACUAAUAAACCUGUAUGGCAAAUGAAAUUCACACGUAAACAGUAUGUUUAUAAUCGUACAAUAGUUAAUAGUAGUUCUUCCAUUACAUCAUUAACACGAUCUCGUCAAUUGCAUCAUCAUCACAACAACCACUACCAUCAACAACAAUUACAUCACUAUUAUCAUCAUCAAUCUAGACGUCGUUUCUCUUCCUUAUCAAAGAAAUCAUUUCCUGUAAAUAAUAAUCAUAUUGAUCAAAUCUAUAAGUCACAUCCAAUUUCACUCCAUUAUGAUUAUACUCCUAGUAAUAGUGAUGUAGUACAACAAUUACCAUCUAAUCAAGCUGUUACGUCACCUCAAGGACAGACUGUUCAAUAUCCUAUCCAUGAUUUAUUAUCCACUUAUACAUUUCAGUUAUCUCCAUCAAUUUCAAAUAGUCAAAGAGAAAAGUUGUUCUAUAAUGAUAAUACCAUUGACAAUAAUAAUAGUAAUAAUAAUGCUGAGGGUACUGUAAAUAUUCUAGAAAGUAAGGAAAAUAGUCUUAUGUAUACACCUGUUCCAAUAAAAAAAGAACAUAAUGAAUCAUUGUCUAUUCGACCGUCAUCUUCAUUUUCAAUAACACCAACAGUAACUAGUGUUAGUACUACUGAUUCUGUAACAUGUAAAAGCCAAUCUAAAACUAAUUCGAUCCAUCAUUCUAUAAAUAUAUCUAAUCCUGUUCAUAAACGUUUGCAUUUGUUACAGUUUAUUAGUAAACUUUUACAAUAUUCUUCUGAUUCAUCAACUUCAUCUUUAACGAAUUCCACAAAUUCAUCAUCAAUGUCAUCAUCAUCAGCCUCUACAUUCAUUUCUUCAUUAUUUCCUACAACAUCUACAAGUUCAUUUUGUUCAAUUAAUCAACAACCGGAUGAAUUUAUAUUACAUUUAUUCAAUCCUAAUUCACAAUAUCUUAAUUGUGUUCAAUGGAUUGAUAAACAAGCACGUAUUUUCCAAAUAAGAAAUCCACAAAAGUUGUCACAAUUAUGGGGAUAUUAUCGUAAGAAUGUCAAUAUGACUUUUGAAUCGGUUAGUCGUAGUUUAAGAUUGUAUUAUGUCUCUGGGAAAUUAGAACGUAUUCGUGGUCAACGUAAUCAAUAUCGUUUUUUAGAUAUAAAUGCCUAA